GCGCUGCUCUCUUUACACACUCAUGCAGUGAGUAGACACGGGCUCUGCGAUAACAUAAAGUGUUUUUAUUGGCGUGAUAUGCGUAUAAAAUACUUUUAAGUCAUGGGUGGAAGUGCUUGCUGUGUCGUCGGCUGUAACGUCCGCUCGCACGACGGACAGGGCAAAAAGAUAGACAACGGUUUGUCUUUCUACAGUUUUCCUGCCUGGCGCCAGAAUCAAGGAAGUUAUGUGUCCGAGGUGACGAAGGGGAGACGGCUGGCUUGGAUAUCAGCUGUAAGGCGCAAAGACAUCAAGUUUUCCAACAUCCCGAGAUCGUUUAAAGUGUGCUCCAGGCAUUUUCAUUCGGGUAAACCAUCAUACGAAAUGGAUCAGUCACAUCCUGACUGGGUUCCAACGCUGCACCUUGGUCACUCAGAAGAUGAGAUUGGCGGAGACGGGGCAGAGGUGGAAGUGGCAGUAGAUGAGGAACAUGCAGACCAGGAUGAAGCAGAAGCAGAAGCAGCAGAAGAUGAAGUGGCACACAGUCCAACGGCUAAGAGACAAAGAACAGAAUGUCAAUUCUGUGAGCGCAGCAGUGCAGAAAUCAACCGGCUGUUGCAGGAGAACAGGGAGCUCAGGUGUGAGCUGAAUAAGAGGAAGAUGGAUGAAAACUUCUUGGAAGCUAACACAGACAAGGUCCGGUAUUACACGGGACUUCCAUGUUUUGCCAUUUUAGUUGCAUUGUUCAACAAUGUUAAGCCUUUCCUGCCUGUUGUUAAGAACUUGUCACCCUUUCAAAUGAUUUUAUUGACACUCAUGCGUCUGAGGCUCGAUCUUCCAGUCCAGCACCUCGCCCACCUCUUUCAUGUUUCAUGUGAAACUUUUUCCACCGCCUUUGCCGACACCAUAGAUGUGUUAUAUGCACGCCUUAACCCCUUGGUGCACUGGCCCGAGAGGCAUUGUUUACAAGCCACAAUGCCAAAUAAAUUUUUGGAAGCUUUUGGUCAACGUGUUGCUCUUAUUGUUGACUGCUUUGAAAUACAAACAGAAAGGCCGUCAAAGUUAAAAUCCCACGUGCAGGCUUUUUCCCACUAUCAAAGUAUGGACACAUUGAAAUACCUCAUUGGUAUUACACCACAAGGUGCAGUAUCAUUUAUUUCCAAGGGAUGGGAGGGGAAUGCCUCCGACAUGCACAUAACAGAGAACUCUGGCCUUCUUAACAAACUUUUACCGGGCGAUGUGGUGUUAGCUGAUCGAGGCUUUGAUAUCAAGGAAAGUGUGGGACUGAUGUGUGCAGAGGUUAAAGUUCCUGCGCUCACCACAGGACAAUAUCAACUCGAUGUUAAGGAUGCUGAAAGCACACGUGCAUUAGCACACCUGAAGAUUCAUGUUGAAAGGGUGAUUGAUAGCAUGCGAAACAAGCACACAAUAUUGCAGAAGACGAUACCGACUAAUUUGUUACUUCAGUGUGAGGAUGAGAAGAUAACAGUCCUUGACAAGAUUGUGAAUGUUUGCUGUAUUCUGAUUAACAUGUGUCCCAGUGAGGCUGUAAAACCUAAUGACUCUGAACAAUGUGCAUUUUAAAAGGAUACUUUUAACCAGCUAUGUAUCAUAACGAUGUGGGUAGGAUGUGUAAAUGAACUGUAGCAAACUUCCCUCCAUCUUACCAGCACUAAGAUCUCCCUGCUCAUCUCUCAGCUCAGGAUUUCGCUGGCUCUCAGGUUGUCGUUGAACUUGCAGAUUGUAUUUACACAUUUUUGUAUGCCUGCCACACAAAGAGUACAGAGGCAGAUUGAGAAAGAGACCUGCUCCUCCCCUUCACUUUCAAACUGAGAUCGAACGGUAAAACUAAGCAGCGCUGAUCUAAUAUAAACCCAGAUUCUGUUGCUGCAUUGCCUAUUUUUACGCCUCAGAUGUUUUCAGAAACAUGCUUUGGUUAACUGUUUAACUGAGAUUGUUUGUUGCCAGCCGGUCACCAUAUUGUUUCUUGUGGAGAAACGGCCAGGCUGCAUUACGUCCACUUCCAGUGGGAGUGUUUAUCGGUCCGAUGCAGCACAGUGUAUUCUGGUAGUUGCAGGUUUUCUACCUCUUUAGCAGAAGCCACAGCCCUUUCUCGCUGUUUUCUCUGGUCAUGUAGCACUAAUGUCAAAAGUAUUUGUGUUUUUCUACUGCAUAGACACUCCAGUUCUUUCUUUCCAGCAGUAUAACCUGUAAAUAUUAAGGAUGUUGUUGCCAUAUAUAAGUUUAAAUGCUAUGGCUUGUAUGAUUUUGUUACAUUUUUUGGUUUCCGGAAAUGUUUUUAGU